AUGGUAAGGCCCGCUGACGCUCCAUUAUGGAAAUAUCCCCAGUCAUACAUGUCUUGGUCAAGCGAAUCUUUCUCUAAACUGACGUUGAUCAUGUCAGGCAAGAUAAGGGAGUUGAAGUUCAUUUUGGGAAUAGGAAAUCUUUCAGUCAUGAGAGGUUUUCUGCUGGAUGCGAAUACCGCUCCUCUUCCUAGUGGCAUGGUUAAAGUUCGUAAAGCAACUUUCGACCCUAGUGCCCUCUGCUGGAUCAGUUUCUCAUGGUCAUCAAUUCCAGGUUCUGAAUGCAAAGUGGCCGUUUGA